CCAGGAUUGGCCAGAAUGGCCGCCCCUCACGCCUCGGUGGGCGGGGUGAGGCGCGCGUGUGCGUGGGUCGGGCCGAGUGUGAUGCUGCUCGGGAGCUUGGCCGGGGGAGGCCGGGCGGUGGCCGCCGCUGCCCGGCGUCCGGGGCCACGGCGACUCUCCAGCUGGGGCCGGUGCCGAAGGCUUCCUGGAGGCAGCAGCACUCUUCACCAGCACUGUGCCCGGGUCCAAGCCCGGGAAGGCCACGGAGAGUUCGGGAAGGACCACGUGGAGGUGGGCUCUCAGUCCAGUGCGGAGGGCGCCAGGCAGCACAAGUCCUCCUUGCCUGGCGGGGGCCCCUUGGAACCCCCGUUUCCCCUGCCCCCCGGGCUCGAGCCCCCCGCAAAUUGCUGCAUGAGUGGCUGCCCCAAGUGCGUGUGGGUGGAGUAUGCGGGCGCGCUGCUGCAGCACUACCAGGAUGGCGGGGAGCGGGCCCUGGCCGCCCUGGAGGAACACGUGGCUGACGAGAACCUCAAGGCCUUCCUCAGGAUGGAGAUCCAGCUCCGAGCGAGGAGUGGAGGCUGAGCCGGCUUGCCCACACCCGCACCCAGACAGGCCCCGGCCUGGCAGCUCCUUCCUCCUCGGGAAGCGACACGGGGCUUCAUUCACAGCCCUUCACGAGGCUGGUGCCAGACAGGAGUAGGAAGAAUUAUUUAUUGACCUCAUCUGGGAAUAAAUAAGUUCUCUGUGGUGCUCAGA